GCAAGGGAGGAGGACUGGCUCCCAGGAAUGGGAUCUUAGAUAGCACAGUGUUGGGCAGGCUCAGGGGAACAGAGGAAAAGCUCCAACCUGAUACCUGUCAGGCUGAGACCCUUGAAAGACAGGGCUGAGCAGGUGCAAGGGCCAAAGGGAAGUGGACCAUGGAGUGUGAGCAGUAGAGGGGAGAGAAGGAGGGCAGGACAUAGCUGCUGCCAGAGGGUCCCUGGGCUGGGACCCAGAGUAGUGGGUAGGCCUGGCUCCCCACCCCCCCCCCCUUACACUGCACCUGGUUGUGGAGGAGUGUGGCUCAAUACAGACUGUGGCUGGCCCCUGAGGCAAAGGGCUAGACUUCAGGGCUGCACUUUGUCAUGAGGGCAGGUGCAGACUGAGGACUGCUGAUACGCCCCCCCCCCCCCCAGAAGGGGAGAGAACCUAGUGGGGCACAGACAGAGGGCUGUGUCCAGAAGAGGAUGCUGCAAGCCAGGGAGCAACGUGGGUCCCCGACAGCAGAGCAGACAAUGGGUGAGACACUACCUGCAGAGGGUGCUCCACAGCUGGACAGAGCUAAUUCCCAGCACAACCUGCAGGAGGCGCUGCAGUGAGCGGCCACUGAAUUAGGGGGUGAUUCAUUUGAUCUAGUUGACACCUGGCUGAGGCAUUGGCUAGCCUUUUGUCUUGGAGAACUUGUUUGUGACUGCCCUCCAGAACAUGUUGGACUAUGUCUUGCUAGGAGCCAUGGGCAGGAAGCGGCUUAUCACCGACUCCUUCCAGGUGGUGAAGAGGCAGCGGCGGGACCCUGACACCAAGGAGGGGAGCCUACAGCCAGAGGCGGUGCCGGUCCCAGCUGAAUCCCCCACAGACAGCUCCCUGCAUCCGGCCCAGCUGGAGAUGCUUAAACAGUUCGACCUCAGCUGGGAGUAUGGACCCUGCACUGGUAUCACCCGGCUGCAGCGCUGGGAACGGGCCGAGUCCCUGGGGCUGAGCCCACCUCUCAUGGUGCGGGAGACACUGCUGGAGCAUGAGGGAGACCCCAGCUUCAUGCACUGCCUCUGGCAUGACUACCCACUCUGAGAUGAGGCAUGGCUGGCCCCACCAUACAGUGCGGAAGGGGGAAUCAUGCUGCUGCCCAGACCCCACAGCAUUUUACUCUGGUUCCUGAUUGGAAAAUAGCUCUGCUUGUAUUAAGAGGGGGGGGGGCUCCCCUGGCAAUUGGGGUAUGGGGUGCCCAGGGCCCACACUGGAUGGGCAAGCCCAGGUCCUGGCAACCCUAGACCAAGCUGUGCUCUGUCCCAUCAGCUGCUGAGGUCCAUAUUCCAGAUUAAAGGGCCUGUUUGAGAA